UUAUCGUAUUCCGAACGUACAAGUUGUAUACUAAAAAAAAAAUCCUUGUGUUAUAGAUAAUACUAGAUAGAGUAUUAUUCUUGAAAUCUGUUAUCUUUGUAUGUUGGUCAAAAUUAAUGGACUUUUAUUAUUAUAUUUUAUCAGUGCGCGAUAUGAUAACAUCAGUGAGAGGAUGCUAGGAUAACGUGUAGUGACAAUGUAGCGUCAUAUUAAUACAUAGAAAAAUAAAUAAUCGAUCGAUCGGUUCAAGAAAAUUUACCAUAAAUUUAUAUUUAUCAUAAAACACGUUAUAGGUAUGAUAAAGAACAACAAUAGUAUGUUACAUCAAAUUUGUUAGUUCAAAAUGUGGCGUUUAAGAGUGUUGUUUAAGAAAUUCGUGUCAUUUAAUACAUAUUUGUUGCUGAUAAUAAUAUGUUUAUGUUUGUUAUUAAUAUGUAGAUUGAAUGUAAAUUUUAAAUCGUCAUAUAUGAGUGAUAUAUUUCAACCGGAACUUAGCCAUCCAGGUGAUAAUCGUCGUCACAUUGAUUUAGUAAAUAAUUUUUAUAAAAGGAGACAGGAUUGGAAAACAUCAAACUUGGGAUCACUUAUGUUUAAAAAUGUUACACGUGACUUUGAAUUAUUCGAAAAAAGGGAUAAUCAGACAUUUGUUAUAUUAAUAUGGAGGUACUGGAAGUGGCUUCAACAUCGACAUGUUGAAAAUUUUGAUAGUAAGCGAAAGAGCGACCCACUUAGUGAGUGCAGUGUUCAUAACUGCGUAUUUACAGGAGACGAUAUUCAAUUAUCAUCUGCCGAUGCUGUAGUUAUUCAUAUACAAAGGGGUGUGUUUCCAAACACAACUAUGAGGAAUUCCAAACAAAGAUGGGUUUUUUUGAGCGAUGAAUCUCCAAUUCACGCGUUUUCUAUGGCGCGUGUGACACCUAAAAUGUCGGACCUUGCAAAUGUUUUUAAUUGGUCUAUGUCAUAUAGGAGCGAUUCCGACGUGCCUGUACCGUAUGGCAGAACAGUGGCGUUGAAAAAACCGAUAUUAAGUCGAAUGACGUAUGAGCAUUUGAUAUCAUUGGUUCCGUAUUGGAAUGACAAACGUAAGGACAUUCUGGCCACUAUCCUCAUAUCGAAUUGUGCUGUUUCUCGCAGGAUGGCUUAUUUGAAGGAAAUUCAAGAGAAUUUAACUGUUGAUGUCUAUGGAAAAUGUUCGGAAAAUCAUAAAGAAAGCUGUCCAGGUCACUUUAGAUCGGACUGCAACUUGAUGUCUAAAUAUUUAUUCUACUUGGUAUUUGAGAACUCUUUAUGUGAAGAAUAUUUGACGGAGAAAUUGUUCUAUCACGCCUACAAUAAGGGCGCUAUACCAGUGAUAAUGGGUUCCACUGUUGAUACCUGUGAAAAACUUCUACCACCGAACUCUUUCCUUCACGUUGAUAACUAUAAGGACCCUAAAGAGUUGGCGAAGCAUAUUCUCGAUAUAAGUAGAGAUGAUAAAACUCUCCUUUUAUAUCAUGAGUGGAGAAAUGAUUUUGAAGUUGUCAACGAACACGGUUAUUUUGGAUCGAAGUCCUAUCACCUCUGUAGGAUUUGCGAAGCUUUAAAUUACAACGAUGAUAAAGAAAAAGUGUACGAUGAAGAGAAUUUACGGGUAUUUUUUGAACCGGAAGUGUCAUGUCGAUGAUGUUUGUGAUAUUUUAAUUAUGUUAUUUUCUAGUUCAAAACUAGAACUCAUUUAUUGAAAGUAUUAAAUUCAAAAAUAUUUUAUUCAUAUUUAAAAAAUAUAAAUAUAUUCGAUGAGUAUUCUUAGGUCGUCAUUUUACAAGAGGGUCUUGUAUUCCAGUUGUAGUUGUUAUUUAAUAGUUAUUACGAAAUUUAAAUUUCCAAUGUGACGUAAACAGUAUACACGUAAACAGUAUAUUUCAUAUUUUAUAAUUAAUUAACAAUAAAAAUAUUACUGUUUUUAUUGCACAUGCAUACGAACAACAGAAAAUGAACAAACUUUAGAUAA